AGUCGUGGUUCGUGUGCCGGCGGCGAGCUGGAUCUUCCGUGGCGUGGAGUUAUGGGACGGAGGCCCCCGGAGGGAAGUCACUUACCAGAGUAUGUAGGCUCUUCAUCCAGAGCUCAAGUCUUCUGACUCUUGGGGACAGUGAGACCUGCCGCUCCGGCCCCCUCUCCAACUUGCCUGAGUGGAGUGGCCCGCACUGACCAGGAGGGAACUCCCAGUUGGCCCAGCAUGAACUGGAAGGUUCUCGAACACGUGCCCCUGCUGCUGUAUAUCUUGGCAGCGAAAACAUUAAUUCUCUGCCUGGCAUUUGCCGGAGCCAAAGUAUACCAAAGGAAAAAAUUGGAAGCAAAACAGCAAAAACUGGAAGCUGAAAAGAAGAAGCAGUCAGAGAAGAAGGAUAACUAAAGGGAAAUCAAAGUACAGUACCUUGAAGAGUACAGCAGUACAGUACAACGGCUGGCAUCCAAGGGCUGGCAUCGAGUGAACAGGCAAGAAGAGUUACUGACUGGAGGAGGGAGAGGAGGUGGGAGACGUUAGAGCUGAACGGUCGUCAGCAACAGGAGACGGAGGGCAAGCUGCAGUUUCAGUCACGCCUGACGUUGAUGGCACAGGUUCUGCUUCCUUGCUGGAACCAGAUGCAUGUUUGCAUCUUUGAAAGUUUGAAACUUGAAGGUUUGUAUGUAGGGGACUUACUGUAGUUGGAGUUAUUGAUACUAUUCCAACCCUGUGUACAUGAAGUCAGUAGAUUUGUAGCUUGACUUUAAAUAAGUGGUUGGAUGCCUGAACACGUGGGUGGAUGGAGUGAUUGGUAAAACCCACACCCAGGACCCCAUCUGACUGCACCUACCCAGCCUCUCUCGGGACCAUAACUGAGAAUGAUUCCAUAAGACCACCGUCCCUGGGCAGCUGAAAGAUGUUUCAAAGAACGUAAACUGGAAUCUAUGUCUUCCACGCACAAGAGAGCCCCAGGAUCCCUCACACAGAUCAUAUUUCAUCUUGUUAGAUGGGUUCCUAACACGUUUUUGGUUUUUGAGCUUACAACAUACUAGAAUCAGAUAUGAAGAAAGGCUGUUGGCAGCAGAAAUACCUCAGAGCAAGAGAGACGGUCUUUGAGCAGCACACCAGGCCUGAGAACUCAUCUGUACGAUCGCCAAGCCCACACCAGGAACGCCACCCAUCAUGACUUGUUCAUGAUGAUGAUUCUAGUCAUUAAGGAAAGGUGAAACUGUCUUUAUAUACUUUGCUUAACGAGGCAGAGACGUACAUAAUAUAUUUCAGGAACUGAAUAUUUCAAACAAAAAAUCCGGGGUGUUUGAAAAAAGGUCACCUCUUGCCCGUCUGUCUCCAAAUUCUCAUCUCAGGGAAGCACACCUGCCUGGAUGCAACCUUCCCAGCCUCCUGCAGGGGCCGGGCCUGCGCAUGCGCAGUACUGCGACUCAGCUGACUUGAGAUCCCCGGCUGUGCUGAGAUGCUACAGGUCUCGUCCUUGUCGGAGGGAAGCCACGGGUGAUGGGGAGUCUGGAGGGAAAAGAGGAUUGAGGCUGGGUUCUUAAAUGUGAGUGCACACGAGAGGCUGUUUAAAGUGCAGAUUCCUGGGCUGGGCUCCAGACCCACGGCAUCAAAAGCCAUGCGGGAGAAACCAGGAAUCUGUGAACAAAUUUGAAAACCCCAAGGGGAUGCCGAUGAGGUGGUCCUUGAAUCUCCUUUGGAGCCUUAAACGAUGGGCAGAGGGUGAUGAGCCAGAAGCCCGGCUGGGAAGGAACAUCUGGAGCCAGUAGGCUGGGGAGCAGGGGAGAGAACGUAGCUGCGAAUCCUUGUUUAGCCCUUAACUGUUCCUCCUGCUUUACAUCUAUUACCCCCAAUGUGUGUCACCGUCCCCGUCUCACAAUAAGGAAGCCGAGGCACAGAGAGGUUAACCUCUCUGUCUAAGGUUCCCCAGCUGGCAAGAGGCAGAGACAGGAUGUGGACCUCGCAGUUCAGCUCUGGGCCUGUACUUUUCACUUCCGUGCAAGGACAGGGCAGGUGGGCAGGCGUUCUUGUUCUUCCAAGUCGUGGGUCAUCAAGUCUUCAAGACGACACCAUAAGGACAGAGGCCAGGCUGUGGGAAGUGGGGAGGGUUUGAGGAAAUAGAAACAGUGCCGUUUGCAUCCUAAUUUCAAGUGUGUGUGUGUGUGUGUGUGUGUGUGUGUGUGUGUGGUCUGCAAAGUCAGGAAACAUUUUUGUCUGAGCAAUAUGUUAAUUACAAAUAACUGGUUAGCUUUCAAAUAAUUGGCUCAAUAUUUCCCUUGAGUUUCCAGAUGUUUUGGACACUCUCUAAUAUACUGAUUGUACUUUUCAAAGAUUCACAAUUAGCCCCAUUGAAUUAAAUUUGGAGGGACUUCACGGUGAGCUGAUUAUUUAAAAAUUGUCAAAGAAGUUCUCCCAACUUUGCCGCCUGCUGUGCACCUCAAAGGUGGGGACAGAGACAUUGGUAGCCUUAGGGGAAGGCAGGGUUGAGGGAAAGGUUUUUCCAGAAGGAGUAAGCUUGAGCAUGAUCACAGGCUGAAGGAGAUGCGAGAGGAAAAGGGAAGGAAACCUGGCCCGGCUGGAGGUGGGUGGCAUCUAGGGGCCGGGCACUGAAGGCCCCAGUAAAUGCAGGGCGAGGAGAUACCCAGGGAAGCUGUGCUGGGUAAAGGCCUCGGUUUCCCCUUUAGCUUGAGGCAAGUCCUUCUGCUCUGAGCGCGGGAGGGAUGCUGGGUGCAGUGGGCAGAGCCCGAGGACCUGGGGUCUGCAGUCCCCUCUCCCCUCUCCCUCCAGGUCAGGGGCCUGAGUCGUGGGCUACAGCUCCCUUCAGAGACUGCAGGGCCCUGGCUGUCACCAAGUCUGCUGUGGGGAGGGUGGCUUUUGCCCCCAUGAGCCCUGCUGGGUGACACCUUUGUAACUGCCUGCAGUCGGGCCUGGAAAACCACACAUGGGUUUUUAACCAGGAGCUGGACUCCUUGGUGGGAAAACUUACACUCCCCCCCCCCCAAACCUGAAAACCCUAACCCAUCGCCUGCUCAGCAUCCUUCAGUGUCUUUCCUUUCCUUCUAGAAUAGCCCAAACUCCUUCUCAUACAACACGUUGUUUCCUUUUUCCAUCCUGUCCUUUCCACACUUGCAUUCUUCCUUUCACUCCACUCGCACUGCUCCCUGCCCGCCACAUGCACACUUGCACGCACACGUGCACGCGCGCACUCACAUACCCCGUGCCCUGGGAAGUGUGUAGGCUGGGCACACUUGACCUUCUUCCUGGGCUGGCCGUCCCCUUCCCCCUCUACCCACUGUGAUGAAGUCCCUGCUCUUCCUCUGGCCUCGGCUCCAGUUUCACCUCUUCCUGCCGCUCUGCCCCUGACUCCCCAGCCAGGCCCUGGACUCUGAGCCCUCACUCCCCACACCUCCAAAAUCUCACUGACCGAGAGGUACUCCACACCACCAACCUGACUGCCUCCAGGGCCCGAGCUUACUUUCUUUGGGCCCCUGUCCAGGCCACACGUGACAGGCACAUAGAAGGUGCUCGAAUAUUUGGUGAGUGGAUGAGUGGUAACACCCAAAGGACGGGGUGCAGGGAUUUUCAGCUGGCCACAUCACCACCCAGAAUAAAGACUACUUUUCCCAGCUUCCCUUGCGACUAAGUCUGGCCAGUGAGAUUUAAGUGGAAGGUUUAAGUGGAAGAUUUAAGUGUGAGACUUCCUGGAAAGCCCCUUAAAAGAAAAGGGAUGAGCGCUUCUUCCUCCUUGUCUCCUUCUCUGCUACCUGGAAUGAUAAUGCAAUGGCUUUUUCAGCAGCCAUUUUGGGCUAUGAGGUGACUUUGAGGAUGGAACCAAGUCUAGGACAGUAGAGGAAAAAGAUAAGACCCUGAGUUCUUUAUGAUCGUGGAUCCAUCGUAUUAGCCCUGAACUGCCACCUUAGCAUUUCUUGUUUUGGUGGGGGAUGGGAGGGUACCUUCUAUUUUGUUUAAAUCUCUGUGGUUAGGUCUCCACUACUCAGAGCCUGACCUAAUCCUAACUGACCCAUAGAGCCAGCUAGAGAGGGGUGUGAGGACUUCCUGAUAGGAAGACGUGGAUUCUAGUCCUGACCCUCCUGUCACUACAGGUGGGCAUCCCUCCAGGUGAGUCAGUUACCAUCCGACUUUGUCUUCAUUUGUAAAAUGAGCUUAACGAUCACUGCCCUGCCUAUGUACAGGGUGGGUGUCUAAACUGAAUGAGGUCAAGUAUAUAAAAAUGUUCUGUACAUGUAAAAUGAUUACAAAUGGAAGGAGUGUGUACCACCUGCGGGGAUGGAGGGCCAACUCGGUCCCCUGAUUGGCCAGGUGCAGCUCGAUCAACUCAGUUGAGCCUGGACCUUUCUUGAGUGGUCAAGGCCUGAGCCAGUGGGCGUUCAGCUCCAUUUGCCUAUUUCCCUCUGGGCUCUUUCCAGGGCAGCGCAUUUUCCAAUGCCCCACCUCCUCAGGGGGAGCCUGGCCCACAGGAAGGGAGUGGGCAUGUGGUUGUUGGUCCUGAUGAGGACCAAAGUGGAUGAGAUGUUCCCUCAGCCAACCUCUCCGAAGGAGUCAGUGCCACCGACAUCACAAAGGGUCUUCCAGAGGAUGUGUCCACACCCACAGGGCUGCUGGGCCUUGUCACCCACUGUUUAUUUCAUACAAGUGCUGCUCCCCAAAAGGUUCCAGGCUGUACUCACCAUCCUCGCUGUCCACACCACCAGAAGAGACCUCUUAUCCUUAAUUCCCUAACCUAUCUCAGACGGUCUUAAAAGCAAUGCCAGAGAAAAGAAUUUCCUUUGAUCAAAAGACACAUCUUAAGAUGUGUCUACUCUGAUUACAACCCAGUGAUAAAAAGCAGCAAGAAUUUGCCACAAAGAGUGAAAAGGAAAUGAGGUCAGCUACAGUAGAUGUAACUGUGGAUGCGCUUGCUGGAAGCCCAGCCUGCACUGAAGUAACAGGAGCUCCUGUUUAUUGAGCACUGAGUUGGGGCUGGUCAUGAUGUAGCGUCUUGGUGUGUGCUAAGCGUUUAAAGCCCUCAACUCUAGUUUACGAAUGAGUUCAUUGAGCCUCAGGGAAGUAACUUGUCCAAAGUCUCAUAGUUAACAAGCUGGAAACUUCUGAUUCUAACGAGAUCCAUCCGAUUCCCAAAACCCCGUGUACUUUCCAUUAUUUUCUCCUGGAAGUUUCCAUGCUUGGCAUAAAGCAGCAUUUCUUAAUUACGAGUACAAUAUUAUGUAACUCAAUUGCACAUUACCCGUGGCCCUUUGAUCUCUGGUUAUACCAAUGUUCUCUUUUCCCCUACUUGCUUUCUAAUGAUUGAACAAGGCCUCGAAGGAAUACAAUCCUAACUCAUUUUAUUAGAUCGUCUCGGUUUUCCAAGAAAAAUAGCUCCUGUUGGUCUAUCUUGUUCAUCUGAUAACCCAAGAACCUCCCAUUUUUUUCUCACUGCAAAAUAGUGUGUCUUUAAAAAGUACCUGCCUCUAGCUCAAUAUUGUGCUGAAGCAUAUUUUGUUGUGUCCAGUUGGAGGCAGUCACUUUGCCAGAUGAUUGUCUGAUGUCAGAGGCAAGCCUUACACCGUGUUUCAAUAACCAAGCCAAGUGUGGCAGCUGGGCACAUGGGCUUAGGAUCUGACUGGCCCGAGUGUCUCAGUCUCCUCAUCUGUAAAAUGGGAAAGUGAUAGAACCUACCUGAGAGGUUGUUUUGAGGGUGAACUGAGCUGCUCGUUAGUAGAGAGGAUGUGUGAAUAAAACAGUUCUUCCUGGGAACUCUGGAUUUGAACCUCAGCUCUUCCGCACUGGAGCGGAAGAGUUACGUAUCUCUCUGUGCCUCCGUUUACCCUUCUGAGAAAUGGAGACAAUGGUAAUUCCUACAUCGCAGACUGUUGUGAGGAUUAAGUGAGUUAAGCGUGUAUAGCUGUUAGUGCUUGUCACUACAGAACUCUGGACAGGUGUGAGAUAAAUGCGACGUAAGGGCAAAACGUACUCACAUCUCCAGCCCAGGCUACUGACACUGAAGUCACCAAGGAGGUCUGAGUCCUACUACUUACCCCUAAGGAACAUAAAUUCUAAAACAUACAUGAAACAGGUAGUGAAAAAAACCACACAAAAGUACCACAUAGUGGACUUCCCAGGCAGUCCAGUGGUUAAGACUCCCCGCUUUCACGGCAGGGGGUGCAGGUUUGAUCCCUGGUUGGGGAACUAAGGUCCUGCAUGCCGCAAAGCAUGGCCAAAAUAUAAAAAUAAAAAAUGUUCAUAAAAUAAAUAAAAGGUUUAAAAAUAAAAGUACCACACAGUGAGAGCCAUUUCAUCCGGGGUAACUGCCAGUGGGAAAUGCAGUAUUUCAGCUGGCAGAAGAAAACCUUCUUUAGAACCUGUGCUCAGCUGAAUAACGGUUCCUAAAUGUAUCCAGGUCUGAAUCUCCGGAACCUGUGAAUGUUACCCUAUAUGGAAAAAUAAUCUUUGCAUGUGUGAUUAAAUUAAGGAUUUUGAGAUGGUGAGAUGAUUCUGGAUUAUCUGGAUGGGACCUAAAUGCAGUCACACGUGUCCUUCUACGAGGGAGGCCGAGGGAGAUUUGACACAGAAGAGGAGAAAGUAAUGUGGCCACCGAAGCAGAAAUUGGAGUGAUGUGGCCACAAGGCAAGGAAGGCGGGCAGCCACCCAGAAGCCACAAGAGGCCAGGAACGGAUUCUCCCUUAGAGCCCGUGGAGGGAGCGUGGCCCUACUGACCCUGGAUUUUGGGUCAGCGGAACUGAUUCCAGACUUCAGGCCUCCAGGACUGGGGGAGGAGACGGGUUUGUUGGUUUAAUACACCAAGUGUGUGGUAGUUGUCACAGAAGCCACAAGAAACUCAGACUGCACAGUCGGCUGUAAAGUGGGAGGUGCAGCUGAGAGUGUCUGGUUCCCAGUGGUUGGAGGUGGUGAGUGUGAUUCAUCUGCAGAUAAAAUGCAUAACAACAGGAUGCUGCAGAAGUCCACCGCUUAGUUGCUGAAAAGCACUGAACAUCUGUUUUCUGACGAAGUGUUUCUAAAUAAUCCAGGGAGUUUCAGGAAGGAAUUAGGGCAGAAGACAAGCAAAGAAUCUGAUUUUUCUGUGCUUGGCUACCGGGAACCUGGCCUCACCAUCUGAUACAUAGGCAAGUCUGUUGGGAGUUGGUAGCAAUUUUCAGACGUUGUUUUUGACAUACCCCAGAAUAAUUACUUCUAUUAUAAAAUUACUGCCUGAACAUACAUAAACAAGUGUGAAUUUUGUGAUAUGUUUAAUAGGAGGCAGGGCUUUUUUUUUUUUAUAAAAGUGAAAAAUACCACCACAAAUCCUUACAGCCACCAUUAGCAGCAGCCCCAGACUUGAGGGUGCUGUUGUACCAGCCACAGGUGGCUCAGCAACCAGGGCCCCGAGAUGCAACUGCAUGACAGGUUAAUGACCUCCCGUUGGGAUUCUUGGAGUUGGAAUGGGAGACGGAUUGGAUAAAUGGGUUCUGUAGACCCUCCUGUUUACGUCACCUGUUCACCCACCAAGUCCAACUUGAACCAAUCACUGUCAUAGCUUUCCAGGUUCCUUAUGGGGACCACCAACUUGCCUGGAGGAUCUGGAUGGGGUUUCACUUCCUUGGAUGUCCCUUGCUCACCCUCUGCCUCCUUGCUUUCAAGCAAUGGAAGGGAAACAGCCUGUUCAGCCACCAUCUGGACCACAUCUGUUGAUGGCAAGCCGGCUCCCUGGGGAUUAUUUUGGUGGACUGAAACCGGUAGGCACACUAGUGAAUUUCAAUUUUUUGUGAGCACACUCUUGGUUCUCUUUUUUUCCUCACACAACCUUUAACUCUGUUCAUCUCUGCUCACUUCCAAGCUCCUUUGGGCUCGGUUAACUCUCAUCCUCUCACUGACAUAAUAGCCCUCAGAGUGGCCUUAACCAGAUGAAAGUCAAGAUCACUAAUUUACCAACAAGAUUUAAUGAAACCUUCAGCAAACCAUAAGCACUUUGCCAAUGCCCUUAGGAAGCAGUCCUCACAGCAUCCCUGUGAGGUCAUUGUUGGAGUAUCUUUGGCUGCAGUGGUCCAGAAUCAAACCCAACAGAAUUGGUAAAGAUCAUGCCCACAGCACAGCCCUGCUGUUUGUUAGAGGAAUCGCACUUAAGAAAAUUUACCAAGAUAGUAGUUUUCCCAUCUUUGUACUUUGUUAGUUAGUGUUCUCCAUUUGCUUGGGUUUAUCCUUUCAAUCCCGUUGCUAAUUAAAUCAUUGAAGAGUAUAUACUGGUAGGAAUAGACACCAUCAAUGGACUGCAAACAAAACUCCUUUCUGUUAUUGAUGAUAAACCAUUUCAGAGAAGACCAGGCUGAGUCUAGAGGGUUCAGAUAACUGUAAGGGGAAGGCAGAGAGAGUAGUUUAUGGCCAUAGGACUUGGCCACCUCAGGACAACAUGUGAUGUUAGUUAAGUUAAUGACUGAUGGGACAUGGGCCUGGGCCUCGGAUUCUUUGUCUUCCUUUGGCUUCAUCUCAUCCUGCCGCCUUCUCUCUUUGACCACAAUGGUGCACUGCCCAUAGGUCUUCUUUGCCACAUCACAGAACUCAGAGAAGAGGCUGUCUUCUUGUUUGAUGCAUAACUCAUCCCUUAGGAACAUCCGAUAUUUCCAAGGCAUCCAUCCUUGACUACCACCGGCGUGCACAAUACACCAAGUUGGAGUUGGCAUGAAAUAGCCAUCACUAAAAUCUUCCCCUGUUACAAGACUCUCAGGGAUAUCAGUUUCCCCAAAAUAUACAGUUGUAAACCCAUCAUAUUGCAGUGUUCUCAGGGUUUUCAAAUACUGGAGACAUUGCUUCCUCUUCAUGCUAUUGAAUAGAUUUCUGAUAAUAAUGUUUCUUAAAAGAGGUUUUGCAAAGUGAGGCAUGGUAGCUCUUCAAGUGUUUUUCAAAGCUUGAGUGUCUCCAUCUGCAGAGAUCUGGCAAGAGUGGGAUGAUGACCUCAUAAAGGGCUUUGUUACUGCUGAGCUGGUCCCAUAGAUACACUUUAGAUUUCAAAGCAUCAUGAAACACACAGUCAGAACAAUUCCUUUCUGGCUUAUAUGACGUGGGAAUGGGAAUGGCAAGCCAUCCAAGAUGUUACUUUGACAUUGCAUCUGUAGUAGGUCUGGAGAGAGAUUGGCAAUUGUAUUAGUUUGCUAAGGCUGCCGUAACAAAACAGCAGAAAUUUAUUUUUUUCAAAGUUCUGGAGGCUAGAAGCCCAAGAUCAAGGUGUCAGCAGGUCUGGUUUCACCUGAGACCUUUCUCCUUGGCUUGCAGAUGGCCACCUUCCCCCUAUGUCCUUAUUUGGCCUUUCCUCUGUGUCCCACGUGUCUCUGUCCUAUUCUCUCCUUAUAAGGACUCCAGUCCUAUGGGACUAAGGCCCACCCAUAUGACCUCAUUUUACCUUAAUCACCUCUUUAGAGACCCUGUCUCCAAAUAUAGUCACAUUCUGAGGUCCUGGGGGUCAGGGCUUCAACAUGAGAUUUGGGGGAGUCACAAUUCAGCCCCUAAAGCAACCUUUUAACAGUGAUGAGCCAAGUUCCUGACUCAUUUCCACUUAGGUCAUGAGGAUGGAGUGUAAUAUAUUUGUUCAUUCAACCAUUCUGAGUACCUACUAUACACCAGGCAUUGUGCCAGGCCCCAGGGGUACAGUCAUGAUAUGUCCGGUGAGGCCUAGACACAUAUAUGGUUUAUGUCUGUGUACACAUGAACUUAGUGCCUGCUGCCUGUCCACUUUCACAAUCAAGAGUGGCUUUUCCAGGUGGCAGAAAGGGUAUGGCAAACAGCGAAAGAAAGUCAGCCUGCAUACCUGUCUUUCACUGGGGCUGCCAAUUCUUCAGCUAAUUCAAUACCCUGUCUACAAAGGACUUUAAUUUUAUAUACUCAAGGCAAAAUGACAGUUUACUUCAAACUCUAGCAGCCUCUUUAAUUUCCUUUGUAUUUUCUUGUCUCCUUAAAGAUCUUUCAUAAAUGUGAAUAAUGGGUUCCCUCAAAUGAAGAUGUGGACAAACUGAUUUAUUGGGUCCUUUUCUCUACUGUUGAAUGGAUGAAGAUUUUCUUCCCACAAAGUUUUCUUGGGACUCAAGUUUAGGCAAUGCCAGACAGUAGGACUAACCUAGCAUAGUAAAGUUAACAUGAAGCCUGCUCUCCAAGCAACUUUCUCAGAGGCUAGAAUCAGUGGGUUUGGGUUGAUAAUUGUGGCCGUUUUCUCUUAGAAUUUUUCUUCUGGUGGCAGGAACCAUUUUCAGACCAAAUUUGAUAUGGAUGCUAAAUAUGUAGAAGUGUGGCUGCUUGGUUGAAGUGGUAAUGGUGGUCCUAGAGCCCCCCCCCCCCGUUCAGACACCCCUUUCUGCCUCCUCUCCCACAGGACCCUGUGGCCUGGAGUGAUGUGAAAACAUAUAAUACAAUGAAGUCAAUUCCAAGACAACAAUUCUUUGCUUCUCUCUCAUCCAAUCUUCAGUUAUGUAUGGAUAUGAGAAACAUGCUCAGAAGUGUAGAAGAAAAUGUAUAAUGUUACCUUUGUGUAAAUAUAUGUGUGUGUAUAAAUGAUAAAGAAUAUACAUACUUGCUUGCAUUUUCAAAUAUAAACA